UUCACAAGCGCGGGGUCCGAAAUGGCUACUUUCAUUUGUUGUCUUCGCAGAGUUGGAGAGAUAUCAAACAAACGAAGGAUAGAGCCACUAGAAAACAAAAAUGAGGUCAUCAUUGGAAGACAUAAAGAAAAUGCCAUAUGCAUCACUGACAGUGUCAUGAUAUCAAGAAAACAUGCGGUAUUGAAGAAACUACAGGAUGGUUCUUGGACUAUUACAGAUAACAAGAGCCUUAAUGGAGUUAAAGUCAAUGAUAAGCAGUUAAUUCCUUCACAGCCCUAUUUGCUCAAAGACGGAGACAGGAUUCAGCUGGGAAUUCCUCCAAAUAAUGCCAGUAGUGAGCCAGUAGUUGUAUUUCAAUUUCACACUUGCCUUAGAGUCAAGUCAAAAAUGAUUGAUAAAAUUUCAUCCAAAAGGAAACAUUCCGAGGACAGUGUAAGUUCAAAAAGUAAAUGUGUAAAAUAUGAUCAUGUUUUCAAACAUCCGCACUCAGAACAGAUUAGAAAUCCGGGCGCAGUUUGGUCGCCAUCUUUGCAAAUGAAGAAACAGCUAGAGGAACAAGAGCGCCUGCAUCAGGAGAAGUUGAAAGCUGCAGAAAAGGAAAUGGAAGAGAUGAGAAAACGGCUAGAGGAAAAGGAAGCAGCACAAAAAGAGAUGUUAAAACAGCUCCAAGAAAAUGAAGAGAGAAUCAAUCUCGAGAAACAGGACCAAAAGCAGAAACUCCAAGAAGCAGAGAAUAUGAUAUCAGAAAUGGUGCAGGCACUUAAAGAAAGAGAACAGACUGAAGCACAAAUGAUAGAAGAUAUUAGACAGAAAGAAGAAGAAGCAAGACUAAAACUGGAGCAACAAAGGGCAAACAUGGAAGAAGAAAGAAAGAAAUUUGAAGAAGAAAUGAAAAGCGAAGUACAGAAACAAUUACAGGAAAAAGAGGAACUUUUGAGACAACAACUAACUGUCCAGCGAAAUGCUCUUCUGGAAGAGAAAGAAAGGAUUGAGAAAGACUUACAGCAGGAGAUGGAAAGAAAAUUGGAAGAAAAAGACAAAGACCUGGAAAACAGACUGCUGAAGGAAAAAGAGAACCUCGAAAAAAUAAUAUCAAACAAAGAACUGGAACAGAAAAUGUUAGAAAGUCAGUUGAAUGAAACUAAGAUUGAAAAUGAAAAAACUAAAGAGCAAAUGUUGAAAGCUAGGGAAGAUGUGUUGACCAAUUUUGCUGAUGUCAUGGAAACUGAAUUGCAGUGCAGUAUAUGUAAUGAACUUUUCAUCCAGGCCACAUCUCUGAACUGCUCACACUCUUUCUGUGCAUACUGUAUUGGGCAGUGGAUAGAAAAGAAAAAAGAAUGCCCCAUAUGCAGAUCAGCAAUUACAUUUAAAAAUAGGUCCAUAGUUCUGGAUAGUUAUAUUGACAGGAUGGUGGAACACUUGAGUGAAGAGAUGAAAGAGAAUAGGAAAAUACUAAUAGAGAGUAGGAAAGAGGAGCAGGCAGUAAUAGAUGAGAAACAGAAAUCUCUUCAAACGCACAGAGUUCCUCCUAGAGCUCAUGAUGUCAUUGAUCUGAGUAGUUCAGAGGAUGAGGAUGAAGAUGAGGAUGAGGAGGAUAGUGAAGUGAGCGUAGAAGGAGAAGACGGGGUUUACUAUGGAGGAUAUGGACAGUGCUACAACUGUGGGCACAGAGGUCAUUGGGCCAAUGGUUGCCCAUUCAGGUGAACCUGGACUUAAGGCCAUGAUUUUCGCUCGUUUUUACAGUUUUUUAAUAAGUAUCUAAUGUCUCAUGAGUAGUACAACUCUUGAAAUAUUUUGUAAACCCAAAUAUUAUGUAGCUUGUAGUAAGCAUGUUUACGUGUUAUUGCUUAGUUAACAUCUAAUAAUUUACAGAAACAUUUAAUCUUUUAAUCAUCUCUACAUUUAUUUUACAUGACUGUACUAUUAUAAGAGAUAAAUGUGUCAGGAAGUGUUAUUUUAGUACAUUUCGGUGCUCAGUUGCAAAUUGACAUUGGUAUGACUUUGAAAAUAUGUAUAAGUUGAUGUUUUCCAUCAAAUAUCCAGUGUAUGUGCUACAUGAGAUUAGCAUGUAAUUGAAAAGGACUGUCCUCAGAAUCUGUUCCAACGUGCCUGCAGCAAUAACCUUGAUGCAUAUAUUUAGAACAUACACUGUGUAAUUUUAAUCUUUAAGGAGAGUUUCUGGAAAUUUGAUUCUACACUUCGGGCAACAAUGCAUACAAACCACUUAAUAGUGUAUAAUUGAAGCAGUGCAUGGGAACCGAUUUUAAGUGCCUGGGAUGAUAUUGUUAUCUGCCUUAGGAAUAGUUAUUUUCAUGUAACUUUAUUGUGUGCCAUUUUGAGAUUAUGAAUAAUUGAGAUAUUGAGUUCGAAAUUUGAUCCGAAGCCCCUGGGACAACACUGUACUUGCCUCGGGACAAAGGUAUUAAAUCUUACAGCAUGCGCCCCCUUUUCAAUGUAAUGGGCAAUUGAAUUGAAAGCUUGUAACGCGAUCUAGUUGCAGUAUGAAUGGUGGCCUGCGUAAUGAAGCGAAUGCUCUAGGUGAGAUUGCAGUGCAGAUCUCUGAACAUUGUGUUGUACCUCGCAAUCUCGUUGCAACGAAGGCGCAUCAUUAAUUAAUAGAAAUGAAAUAAAGUGUA